UUCCGGUUUCGUCACGUUUGUUUAUUUGUUUAUUUAUACGUUCUUUCCUGAGCUUCUGGUUUCUUUCCGAGAACUCUAGAACCUUAGUAAGAAAACACCACCAUAUCACCCACUUCAUAUAAGGUGAUACCAAGCGGCAAAUAGUGCGAAGGAGCAAGAGAAAAGAACAGAACAAGCUUACUUCAUAAUCGAUAUGGCUGACGGUAUAUUUGGGCACCCUUUUAGACGCUUCUUCUGGAGCCCUCCCAUCUUCCGGGAAUGGUCCGGAUCGACGGCCCUUAUUGACUGGCUCGAAUCCCCUACUGCUCAUAUCCUCAAGAUCAAUGUCCCAGGUUUCAGCAAAGAUGACAUAAAGGUACAGAUAGAGGAGGGGAACAUCUUACAGAUCAAAGGAGAGGGUGGGAAUGAGGAGCCCCAUGAAAAAGAUGCCGUUUGGCUUGUGGCUGAGAGAGGCACAGGGAAAAGGGGAUUUUCUCGGGAAAUAGAAUUGCCGGAAAAUGUGAAGGUGGAUCAGAUCAAGGGUCAGGUGGAGAAUGGUGUUCUCACUAUCGUUGUCCCAAAAGAUACAACCCCAAAGUCAUCCAAAGCUAGAAACAUCAACAUCACUAGCAAGCUCUGAACUCCAAGCUUCUACUUAGAAUGACCACCAGAUGGUUCGAGAAUAACAGUGGAUAAUGUAGGAGGAGAUCCUGUGCGUAAUAAAAUGAACUCUUUCAGCUUAAUUUUGCGCUCUCUCUCUCUCUCUCUCUCUCUCUGUAUAAUGGGAUCUUGUGUGUAAUAUCAUAUCACAUGUCACUGAAUCACUGAUCAAUUGCGAUUAUAUUUUUAUGAA